CAAUUUUGUAAUGUAUUGAGGAAUUUUUAAUAAUAAUUGUUAAAAUAUAUAUUUGAUAUAAGUAGUUUUUAAAAAUGUCGUGUCUAAAGGAAGAGCGGGCACCUAUACGCCCGUUGAAAACGUUGGACAUUAUCUUUCGUCGCCGUUAUGUUCCAAAUACACAACAUUACUACACUAAUCGGGUUAGAUCUAUCAAGAAAGAGGAAAGUAAAAUUAAACCAUCUCGGCCGUUUGGAGUUCCAAGAUCUGAAAAACUUCUCUCUUACAUAAAGUAUAGUGACCGGAAUGAAAAGUUAAUAUCCAAGCGACGUCUAUCGCAACCUCUCCACCUGAAAGACAAUUUAAGGAUUGCAGCUACUAGGGAUAUAUCUAAGCGACUGUACUUACAGGAGCCUCCUGACGAUGUAGAAACGGUUUUGAAAAUCCACCCUGAGUUCUAUACUGUGAUAGAAGGACGCCCUUUAAGAUGUUUUGAUGAUAUAAAGGUUUACGUUAGUAAUAUCCGUAAUUAUGCGAUGAAUCGACAGCAGAUUGGAUACAGAAGAGACUUAAUAUUAAAAAUAGAUCAAAGCUUGGCAGAGGAAACUGAAGAGCAUGACAGAAUUAUUAUACAAUUAAAGCAACACAUUAAAAACUUUCAAAAGUUUUUGACAGAAGAUUAUAAAAACGCGUGUGCAAAGGUAGGUAAAACAGAAAAAGUAUUUGCAGACUUGGUUGCAAAGAACUCGGAGUUUUUGGGUUACGUUUCAAAAAUAACUCUAUUAAAUAAUAUUUUAUUUAAAUUUGAUGCCAUAAGAGGCGUUUUAAAAAUUUACAGAAGCUACUUAAUAUUUGUUGCACCUCUUUCUUGGAGACAGAAAUAUGAUGAAACAUUGAGAGAUAGAAUUCAAUCAAUACAGUUUGAAACAGGCGAAUUUGUGACGGAUAACGAUUUAGUAGAAACUAUGGAUAUUGAUAAAAUGAUCGAAGUAGCUAAGCAAGAGCUUCGAAAUCCUUAUCCCGCAAACAUUUAUUUCAAACGGCCUGAACAGAUGAUGUAUUUAUUCAGAAUAAUGGAAUUACAAAGCAGGGAAUACUUGAUUCAACUUUCAAAAACCGAUGCGCCAUUUAGAAUUUUACAAGAUCGUAUAAAGCAAUUGAAACAAGUGACGAAACAAGAACUUGAUCAUUUUCAGUACUACAUUAAUUUUAUCAACAACGAAAUAGCAAGAGAAACAUUCAAUGAAAAUUAUUUAAGAGAUAAAUUCUUCAGAAUCUUAAGUACCACAUUUUACGAUAGCGUAGCAAGUCCAACUACAUUAAAACUUCGUAUAUGUAUUGAAUAUGUGUAUGAACAAGUUUUCGGUAAGUGUGAGGAAGGCCACCAAAGUAUACAAGAUCCUAUGAAAAUAUUAGAAGUAAUGUAUGAAGAUUACAACUUGCGGUUAGAUUCUCUGGACUUUAAAAUAGUCAAUCAAGCACGAAGCGAUUUCUUUGCGCAAGACUUAAAAACUAUGACUAAUGCAUAUAAAGCUCAGCGCGAGUUAAGAGCUUUUAGAGAGAUGACAAAUGCAAUGAAUAAAGCAUUUUUACCACCAGCAAAUUAUACAAGGCCAGUACUCAAGAAAUUUUUAGAUAAGAAAAGCAGAAUUGCGUUAGCAAUUACACAAAAAAGAAAGUCACAAAUUACGAGUGGAGACAGACCGAAACAAAAGAAAUAUAGAAUAAGUCCAGAAGAAAGGGAAGGCCUGCUUUUCUUUACCAAUUGGUGUGAAGGUACUAAUCCAGCACCUUAUUUGGAGGAGUACUACAAGUAUGUUAAACCUUCGUUUGAGUGGGUACCUCGUAAAUCAAUUUUUCCCUAAUACAAUUUUAUGAUUUCACAUUUUUUUAAACACAUGUAAACUAUUUAUUAAAUUGGCAACU